UAGAUGCGGUCAGUGGCUGUGGCCAGAGGUUCCGACGAGCAAACUGCAACUUCGGAAUCACUCAUCCAGGUCUCCCGGCCGGGGUUCGUGUGCGCAAAGGACAAGACCGGUGGAGGAGUUGCUCUCAGUCCCCUCUCCAUUGCAUUGACGCUCCGGGGUCCGGUCCCAUGUUGCCGGAGGAGGUCUCGGCGUUGUGAAGAGGAGGAGCAGCGGCCCAGCUUGGAAGAGGAACUGCACCUAUCUCACCUAGAGCAGCUGGAGAAGCUGUUUGCGGUGUCCCCGGGACGUCUGCCAGAAGCCGAGGGACCAGUGGCCAGGAGGGAGUCGCAGGGUGCCAAGCCCCGGCCCGAGCAGAUGCCCCGUCCGGAGAGGAGUCUGACCGUCCAAGAGCUCCGGUGGGUCUUGUGUGAGCUCCUGGGCUCAGACCGCUGGAAGACCCAAGUGGAGUUGCUUCUUAAGAAGAUUUCCCCAGCCCGCGCUGGCUACGUUACAUGGAACGAGUUGUGCUCUCACCUGCUGCUCCAGUUCAAAGAGCGAGAUGAAGCCGACAGACCCCUCCGGGGUCCACCGCUUCACCAACCGCCUGUCGUUCGCCACUGUCCACAGAACAAGCAAGAGCCAACCACGAGAGUCCUGGCCAUCCCCUGUCCUCCUCCCCUGCAGUUUGUGAGCGUCAGUAGAGGAGGCGUCCUCAGCGUGUGGGACGACAGGUUCCGGCUCCAGAAAACAUACAAGAUUUCUGCCGACGUCCAUGAUUUAACAACAGAAAGGAGCCAGAUGAAAUCCUGGACCACUGACGCAGCCUACCUGCCGAAUGUCCACAGGGUGGCCGUGGCUACCACCAGCCGGAAAAUCCACUUCCUUGAAAUGUCUCCCACGAGCUUCUUCGAAGAGUUCCACCUGUUCGGAUUGAACGAUGUUCCAACAUGUUUGUGCUACUGGCAUAAAUCGGAGGAUGGCCGUUCCCUUCUGCUCUGGGGAGAUGACCACGGGGGAGUCAACGUUCUCUGGUUUCUUCGUCCUCUCUCGGGCUUGAUUGACAAGUCGCUUCUGGAACGGUCUGGACUCUCGGGAAUCUUCAUGCAGGAUAUCAGCGAGCACGGCCGUUUCCUGAGAUACUACUACCUGUCGGGUGUGCAUCCUGAAGCCAUCUCCCAGAUCCAGCACCUCCCGGAAGACCAAUGCAUCACCUCCUCCAGGAGCUCGGAAGCCUCAGUGGUCAUCGUGGACCUCUGGAAGAAGAGGACCGCGUACACAUGGAAGAUCAAGAAGGGCGUGCGGUGCUUUGACUACUGCAAGCCCCAAAGCCUGCUGGCCACCGGCGGGUCCGACUGCACCGUCCGCCUCUGGAACCGCUACGUGCCUGGCUGGCCGACCGCCGUCCUCCGAGGACAUUCCGGGACCGUGCUGGGGGUGGCCAUCCUCCAGUCCCGGGACCAGCUGCUCAGCUUUUCCCAGGAUGGGGUGCUCAAGGUAUGGGCCCUAGGGUCCUCGGCCUGCCUGCAGACGGUGAGGCUCCCCCCGGACCGCGCUCGGGCCGGGCGAGGACACGAGCCGGCCCGCUUCCCGCUCCUGCUCCUGCGCGACACCCAGCCCCGGCCCCCGCUCCUCGUCGUGGCCUACGCCGACUGCCUCGGCCUGCUGAGGGGGGCCGCUGCACGACGCCUCCGCCGAGACCCACCCGGGACCCGCCAGACCCCGCUCUCUGGGGUGCUCGACAACCCCACCUCCCACCAGGUGGUGACGGGUUGUUGCGGCUCGACGCUGGCAGCCUGGGAUGCGGAGGCUGGCACCAGGCAGUUGCCGGCGAAGCAUGCCCCUCGGGAGGAGGCUCUCGCCUGCUUGGCGCUUGAGGGAUCAGAUCACAGCUUGGUCACAGCCACGGGGAACAGCACCGUCAAGGGCUGUUCUCAGAAGCCCCAUGCCACCCACAGCAACCGAAUGGUGAGCACGGAGUACGUCCCGAGCGGCUCCUCGGACCGGACGACUGAGCUCGCGACCUCAGGCAGGCUGCCCUUGGGGACCUUCGGGCAGUGGCCGAAAUGGAACCUGCCGGCCACCAUCACAUCCCACGAGGAUUCUCGUGAGAAGACGGGACAAUUUGGGAAAAAAGGCAGAUCGAGGGAGCAACAUUGUUUACCUCUCAACCUGCCCCUCCGGCACGAGGACAUUAUCCGGAUCCCAGAUGGAAUGGGGAGAAAAAAGACCAGUGAAGAGCGAACUCCCACUGGCACAUCAGAACAAAGAAAAGAAUCAAAAGAUGGCGAAUUGUCUCUCCACCUGGGAGCUCUCCUUCAGGAACUCACAUCACCAAGUAAGGGACUCCUUGACACUGAGACUCUCAGCCCGGAUUCAGCCUCCCUGCUCAAAAGUAGCAGUAGCCACUGCAACCUCAGCGAGCACCUGCAGGGCCCUUUCCAGCACUCCCUGGAUGCCCGUCUGAAGAAAAGGAUCUCCGGCAGGAGGGAACGCCGAUGUCUGUUUGGGGAUAUCGACGUCCACAAGCUCUUGCAGUUUGGCCAGAUCUGUUCCCCUUUUCAUGCUCUGACCACUCCAGAGAUGGAGGGGCCUGCCUUCCCCAGGGACCUGCCCGUGAGCUCCCGAAUGCUGAACCGGGGCCUCACCAGCCUGGCCGAAUCAGACCUGAGAGACCUGCAUCUCUCCUUUCCAGAGAGAGAGGAAGAGGAGGAGCCCGGUGCCAAGCACGGAGGAGGAGACGCCAACGAAAACCCCUUCAUUUCCCCCGUCAGUCGACAGAGCAAGAUUGAACCACCUGCGAUGAUCCAAGUGCAGGGCUCUGCUCUGAGAGGCCCGGGGGGCGGGAAGGGUCAGAGGGAGAGAAUCUCUCCAGACAUCACAGCUCAUAACCGGAAGGCCUAAGCGAUUGUCUCAUCCUCCGAUGGAGCUGGCAUAGAAAUGGGAACUUUUUUUAAUUAUUAUUACAUCAGGCCUGGGCUGGUGUAGUGGGGAGCUGUCUUCAAACAACACCCAAUGAGUUUCUGAUGCACUUGAACUUGGAUCUAGUUUUUGGAUGCCCAUUCUGUGAGAUUAGUUGUAGAGCUAGUGACCAGAGAGGUCUUCCGUCCCUCAUCGAAAGCAUUUAAAGUCAGGGUUUAAGAAUGAUUCUGAAAGGGCCGCAAAGCCCAUCUCCGAAUUGCGGAUCCCUGGACCUCAGACCCUACUCUGGAAACUUGAUUCCAUUAGAGAGAUCGGGAGCCUCUGGGUUUGUUUAUUUCAAGGCUGGUGUUCUGAUCCUGCCACGUCUCCUUCCUUUCUAACAGCCUCGGCUGAGAGCUUGCCGAGGUUUUAGAAACGGAUCGAGGAGUCUCUUCUUCAGGAGGGAUGUGGCAGGGACGAUGAGGGUGGGUCGGUGGAAUUCGCCUGUACUAGAUCAUCUCUCUGUAGGGCCGCCCUUAGGUUGGAUUGUGAAGCUGGUUCAUUUCUGUAGUUAGCGAAGGGAGAGAGCGGGUGCUUGGGGAAUUUCACUUCUCAAGCAUGGUCCACUCCCUUACCCUCUGAAGCACCACACGCUUGCUCUAAAUCAAUAGUGUAAUCUUGCCCUUAAGGCUUCUGGCAAAAUGCAUAGAUGUAUUUUUAAUGAAGAACUUGCACAUUUUUCUCCCUCUUUCACACUGGAGCUAAAUAAUACCAGUUGCUGAAAAAGAC